ACGAGACUUUUGUUUUUUGAGGUUAUCAAUUUAUUUACGUGUUAUUUAUCAAUUUAUUGAAUCAAGUUUCUAUGGUUUAUCACACUAUGAAUAGUUUAUAAAUAAAAUUAAAGGCCUUACUGAAAGUCAUACUGGCCGCACAACAUGAAUUUCGCUCGUAAACAACUUGAAAAAUACGGAUGGAGUGAUGGGAAAGGCCUAGGUAAACACGAGAAUGGCAUAUCAGAAGCGUUGAAGCCUAAACUGAAGCGAAGCGUCACGGGUGUUGGGCACGACGCAGCCAAGGACUUCACGGAGCACUGGUGGACCACCCUGUAUGAUAAGGCUGCGGGGAAUGUUCAGGUUGAAGAUAAAAAUGGGAAGACAAAAAAAAUAAAAACUAAAGACGAAUUUGAAAUAACAAACAGCACAUGGAAAUUAAAAAGAAAAAAGAAGGAGGUUGAAGGGGAACAGUAUGCAAACUUCUUUGUGAAAAAGGCAAUUUUGGCCAGUGGAGGGGUAAAGACUACUAAAGUAGAUGAAGCAGAUUCCAGUGAUGAUGAUGAUGAUGAAAAAGACUCAAAGGAUGUCUUCAAGAUGACUGAUGAAGAACUGUUUGCAGCUUGUGAAGGGAGGACUGCCCAUAAAGGUGCCCGCCAUGGCCUAAGAGCCACAGGUAAAUUGGCUAGAAUAGCCCAACAAGAGCAAGAACUUCUGAACCAGCAGAGGUUUGAAGGUUAUUCACAUUACAAAAAGGCAAAGACCGAAGGAGGUGAACCAAAAAAUAUGUCAGUUGAUGAUCAGGCUGGAAAGAAAAAGAAUAAUGAAAAUUAUGAGCUGCCAGAUGCUUGUAACACUCAAAGCUCCGAAGAAUCACUACCCAAAAUUUAUGAUCAGAGAGGAAAGAAAAAGAGGAAAAAGAAUAAUGAAAAUUGUGAGCUGCCAGAUGCUUGUAAUACUCAGAGCUCAGAAGAUUCACAAACCAAAAUUAAAAAGAAGAAACGGAAAAAUAAGGAUGUCGAAGAUGAGACUGUUGUUGAUAGAGCACCUGAGGUUGCUGGAAAUGAAGAAGUGGCUUCUAAAAAACGUAAAAAGAAGAAAAAAGACAAGCAAGUAGAAAGUGGCGACGUAGAUAGUUAAAUGUAGCUGAUGAAAAUAGGAGUUCUGUAAAUAAAGCAAUAUUUUGGA